CAUUUGAUGUAACUCCAAACCUCAAUUUCUCUCUUUACCCGGGCAGAUCAACCUGUAGAAACAUUGCCGAAUAAAGACAGGUGCAUAUUCAAUGAUACAACCCAAGAAUACUUAUAAAUCACAGUGGUAUAUCUGUGACGCACUGCAUUGAUCGCUUAUCACCGCAUUGAUUGUUAUUAUCACAGCAUUAUAUCCACCAUCACACGACACCCCAAAUCCCGAGGUCCGAUCUCGUCCAUCACGGAGAGUGCAAACUCUAAAAGCCCGAGAUAAUCACGCCUCAGCGUCACUUUAUGUAUCAGGCCAUUCAAUUCGCCACAUCCAAUCAUCUACAUCCGUAUCCCCAAUCAUCAACGCUUGGGUCCAAUCAGUCACCAAAUGAAUGCUAGGAAUCACGCUUGUAGGGGUCGAGCUGAAGAGGGGGUUCUCUUAUGAUAUAAUUAUGCUUCCGGGAAGAAAACGUGUAUAAAUAUGACAACGAGGUCCUGAUUCAAAGGAAGCUGCAAGUAAGAAAGUUAAACUUGACUACCAUAACUUGAGCUAUCGAUUGACGUUAUUGUUAUUGAGGCAACUCACAUACCAACAAACCUCUAUAUCAACAUUCACCUCAUCGCCAUCACAACAUCAAACCUACAACCCAAUUCUUCAAUAUAAUACCAUCACUCACAAUGGAUCGCCAACCAACAGCAAUCUCAACAUCCCACACAACCCCUCCCUCAGAAGCUCCAACUUCUCCAUCCGCCCAAGCCGGCGCCGACCGAUGCAUGCGCCACACGAAUAGCUGGACGCCCUCGAUCCAGCGACGACAGAGCUGGAGUCCAGAGGAGCAGAAGCAUGAGAUGCACAUGAACAAGAUUGGGCAGGUCGCUACAGGUCCUGGGUUUACAGAGCGAGAGGGCUCUUAGAUCAAUAAUGACAAAAUAAGGACAAAAGGGAAAUUGUAAUUGUACGGAACGAUUAAUGGAAUGGGCAUGGAAAACACAAGGAUGCAAAAAGGUCACGGACAUUGUACACUACAGAUUGGCUACCAAGAGGAACAGCCCAAGAAUGAACACGAUUGCUUAAUAACUUGUAAUAAACGAAUGUCAUUGUAAUCGUGGCUAUCGAAUGAUGCAAAUUGAUGUGCCGAGGUAUCUUGACUCCGUAGCUCCGUGUUAUCAUGCUCCGCUGAAUGCGUCCCACGUAAACUUCCAACAAAGAAAACAGGCUAUCAUAUCAUAAACGCUUGGGAUGGCUGACCAAUCGCUGCAAUCCCAAUACAAAACUCCAAGGAAAUUUCUCACCAUAUACCUUAAAAGUGAACCUUUGCAAAACUCCCAUCCUUCAACAUAUAGGCAGUGUCGUCCGAGCCAAUUCCGUAUCCCGU